AUGUUUACUUUAUCUGUUCCGGUUUUGCAGUUCAGGCACCGGAAUACGAUCAGGCCGCUUGGCAUCGCCUGGACGCUCUUUGUAAAACAUGGGGCGGCUGACAAAUGAGGAAUAUCCUUCGCCGUUGAUUCCAUUGGCACGCUGAGCAGUUGAAUGACAAGAGCUAAGACCAAUCGGGAAACGCGCUGCAGAACUAAGGACCAAUCGUCGGUCUGGGAGGGUGGGCCACAGUCUGGUCAACUUUUAUAAUUAUGAUUAAAAAUUACCUGUUCGUCGUUAAUGAAGUUCCAUCCCCUUCAUCAUCUUAUGUCCAUUCAGUUAAAAUUUUGAUUACUAUUCCUGGUUUAAUUUUGCCAAGCUCCCAUUGACACACAUCAAAAUGCAGAGGAAUAAGUGGAGGGGCCUUGUCAGUGCAGAGGUUGACUUAAGGAACAUCUCAUGUUUGAAAUAUUUGUGACUCUGAAAAGGCUGGAAUGUCUGCAGCCAGUUGGUCAGUUAACCUCUGAAGUAAAAGGGUAUGGCAACAAUAACAUCACACUAAUUGGGGAGCAGUGCCAGUUUUCCUGCUUGAUGUUUCUUGUCAUGGCGACCUGGUCACGUGUAGCAGUGUUGAAUCUUUACCGAGCUCUCCUGCGUGAGGGCUGCAAUCUCCAGUACACUGACCGAGAUUACUACUGCGCAUUCAUCAGGAGGGAGUUCAGAAAGAACCAGCACCUUACCAGCGAGGCAGAGAAAGCUAAGCAACUGGAGAAAGGCAUCUACUUUCUCAAGACCAGGCUCGGAGGCCUGGUUUAA